AAUACUUUCAUAUCGGUUGGUAAUGGGGAUAGAACUCUCUUUUGGGAGGAUAAGUGGGCUGGUGCUAGGUGUUUAAAAGAUGAUUUUCCUCGACUAUAUCGUAUCUCCCCUGAUAAGCUGAAAACAGUCAUGCAAGUGAUUGAUUUAAGAAGGAGCUUGUACGAUUGGGAGGAAUGCUUUACUAGAGUACUCCGAGAUUGGGAAAAGGAAGAGGUGUUUUGUUUGUUUACUUUGGUAAGUAACAACCGUGAAUUGAGAGCUGAUAAGGUUGAUGGUUUUUGUUGGGGGGCUGAAAACUCGAACUGCUUUAGCGUCUCAUCUGCAUAUAGGUGGUGUGAGAAUAGUCUAGAAUCUAAUGACUAUGGUACUAUCUCCAAGAUGAUAUGGCAGAAUGUUGCGACUCCUAGAGCAAAAGCUUUUGUGUGGCUAGCUUGGAGGCAAAGGUUAAAAACGUCAUCCUUCCUUCAACGGAUUGGUGUCAUUCCAGUUACUGCUAAUAUCCAAUGUGUGUUUUGUAAAGCUGAAGUAGAGGCUGUCAAUCAUGUUCUGUUGUGGUGUCCUUUUGUUUGGAGGGUGUGGGCUGAUAUACUUCUCUGGUGGGGAUCUCAGUGGGCAAUGCCGGCAACAGUGGAUGGAGUUUUAAAGUUUUGGGCCGGAUUUUCAGGUAAUAGUUUUGAGAGAAAAGUCUGGAAUGUGUUGCCUAUAGCUUCCUUGUGGUCUAUUUGGAAACACAGGAAUGAGGUGUUGUUCUCUGAUAGACAACCAGAUCUGCAUGGUCUAUGUGAUUUAAUUAAAUCCAGGACUGCUAUGUGGGUUAGAGCUGCGGACCCGAAGCUGCCUUUCUCUGUUAAUGAGUUCUUGUUUAACUUACAACAAAUUAAGUUUUGUCGAAGAGGGAUAGGUUGAUGAUCUUCUCUUCAACUGGAGACAGAUUAGGGGUGGAAAUUAGUGUUUGGAACUGAUUUACAUAUAUCUGGGCUGAAGUAGGAUUGUUAUGCUGUCAUCUGCAUUACCUCUAAGCUGCUGCAUUGUCUGUCUGCUGUUGCUAUCUGCUCUAAGCUGCUGCAUUGGGCUGAAAUAUGCUUGUUAAUCUGUUGGUUCUGCUUCGGUUGAAGUUCUGGUGGCAGUGUCUUCAAAGCAAAUUUUGGCUUUGAACAGUGUAGUGUUAAUCUGCCUCGUCCAAAUCUUGGCUGCUUCGGUAUGCACUGAGGGUGAAUGCUGACUGCUGAUUUGCUGGAACUCCCCGUUGCUGAAUUCUGAAUUCUGUGCUGCUUCUGAAUUUUCUGCAGUUUGAUUCUUGCUGGAAUUUUGCAGUUUCAUUCUGCUUCUGCGCUGCUUCUGCAUUAUGUCUUGAGCUGGUAUUGUUGGUAGGCAGUGGAGUGGAGGGUGUUGAUUGCAUUCAGCUGGGCUGGUUUGUGCAGAGGAGGAGGAUUCAGAAUUAUGGUGUUAGUUGUUUCAGAUGGCAACUGGGGGUUGUAGUUCUACUAGAGCAAUUAGGUGUAUGCUGGCUCUAAUUUUGUUGGUCACAAUGGGUUUGCUGCUGGUAUACUCCAACAAGUAUCUCUUGCAUAAUGUUUUGGUUGCUAUUCUAUCAGAUCUCAACAGAGAUGUGUGGUGUGCAGCAUUGGUGCCAAAUUUUGGUGUGUGGUUUGGUUGUAGGGCUGCAGCUGAUUGCCUGUUCUGGUUUUGGUGUUUUAGUGUCUAAGCUAUCUGCUUUUUUUGGUUUUUUUCUCUGUUUUGUAUGCUCGUUGGUUCCUCACCAACUAGGAGGUUGGAGCUUGUUUUUAGCUCCAAGCUCCUCUUUAUUGAUGUAAAUUUUCCUCUUCCAUCAAUAAAGUUUUUUUGCCGAUCAAAAAAAAUAAAAAAUAAAAAAUAAAAAAUUUUGAUGUCUCUAAUCUUACACCACCCUCUUAUUCAGGUCAUCCAACGUGAGCCAUGGGAACACAUCAAUGAUGAGGACAUAAAGAAAACCGAUGCAUCCUUUUGUGGGGAGAUAUGGCAAGUUCCUCCAAUGUUUUCUGCCAUCAAAGUAAGUUUUUCUCCUUCAUUUUGUUACAAGCUUGCUGAAACAGGAAGAGAGUCGUUGCAAAAGAAUGGCAUAUCAGUUCCAAAUGAGUUUUGUCAUACAAUGAAAGUUGGGGGUGAGAAGAUGUAUGAAAAAGCAAGAAGAGGAGAAAGCAUUGAACUUCCCCCGAGGCGGAUUUCAAUUUUCCAGUUUGAUAUCAAGCGAAGUUUAGAUGACAGACAAAAUUUGAUUUUCUGGGUGACAUGCUCAAAGGGGACAUAUAUUCGAUCUCUUUGUGCAGAUCUCUGGAAGGCUCUGAACAGGUUCACAUAUCAAAGAAAGAAAAGAAAAAGAAGAAGAAGAAGUAGAUAUGACAAACUCAAUGAAAAAAAGGCCGUUGGAGUCAAUUGAAUUCAAGUUUCAACUUUGCGCUUUCCUUGGCUUUGUUCAGUGCUUCAAUCAAUUCCUUUAAGCAAGUCUCUUUUGAAGCAGUCUUUGGUAUCAAGUUCUCUGCAACAUCACAAGGACUCAUAUCAGUUUUGUGCAAUAAGUUGUCUCUGUUUUGUAGAUAAUUACAGUUGUUGUUUGUCAUUCAAGAAAGGCUUUUUAAUAUCUCUAUUAUGUGAUAUACUUUGGAAGAUCAAUGUGAUAUAUUAUGUGUAGUAAAAAUCUCAUGAAAUGUGCAAUUAGUUAAAUUCUUUGGUUUAUACUCUAUUU